AUGCCCGUGCGUUGCUACGGGCUUUUGAAAUAUUUUACAGAUGUUAUAUGAACAUAAUGCAUGUUAAAUUUUACAUAUAGAAAAAAGAUAGCACAACCAUAACCAGGUAAUAAUUGAAGUUCACCUCACUUGCAAUGUAAAAUGACUAAAAAAGGCAAUUUGACGAUGUAUACAUAUAGAGCGAUUAUCCAACUAACAAUUUGUUACAAAUUAAGAAUUGCUUGAUACGCUUAAAAUAUUCUCACAUAAUAUCAGGAUUGUUGUCUUUAACAUCAUUCACACGAUAUUUGAUCAAAUAUAAUACAAACUUCUUUCUCAACUCAUUCCCAUCCUGCGCAAAAACACUAUGUAGUUAGCAUGAAUACUUCGUGAACGUCACCAGAAUACAUCUCUAUCUCUCACAUAUAUGCAAAUAAUCAUAUUUAACAUGUACCUUUUGUAUUAUUAUGUAUAACAUACAUAUAAAGAAGGAUUAUUUUCUCGUGAUGUUUCAGUACGACCCAUCAUUGUUACGUCAUUGCCUAUGUCAGUUGCUAUUUUUAAAACACUAUCCAAGUCCAUCACUUUUUAAUCUCCGUUGAAGAAAACUUAAACAUAUAAACAUAUAAAAAUAUAAGAAAUAUUUUAUACUACAUUAUAUAAACAUUUAUAAUAAAUUAAAAUAAAAGUGAGACUAACACAACUUUUUAUAUUUGCAAAAAUGUUUUUUAGACAAAUUUGCAAAAAAAACUAACUUUUAUUUGACGAGGAAAUAAAACUAACUGAGUACCCCUAAUUAGAUUUUUUUAGACAGCCUGAGGCGUUCAUCCAGGGCCCAAAACUCUUUGAGCAGCGGAUGGGCCAGCCCAAGAGUGGACGGGCCGAGCUAGAGACUGAUAGAUUUCUUCUGUGUUUUCUUUUCCACCUACUAUACAUCUUAUCCAGUUCUCAAAGAAAUACUAUACAUCUUAUCCUCACGGCAUCACACAGUCCUCUAACUCUCUCAGCUCGAGCCUGAUCCCGUCCCUGCCGCUUCCCGUCCAUAGACGGCGUCGCCGCAUUCUUGUCUCCCCUCCACGGCGUCGGCCGGCCCCUCCUCUCCCAGCCAUCUCUCCUCCAUGUCGCGCGCCGAGCCCGUCCUCCCUUCCCUCGAUGGCUUCGUCCGCAUCCUCCUCCGACUGCCACGGUGGCUCGAUUGGUUCGAUCCACCGCCAUCCACGCCCGACAGGUUAUUCCGACGAUGGGGCGGCGGCGAAGCUUAGCGCGAUGACAGAGCCUUCCUCCAGCUCUACCAAGAAACCCUCGCUCUCCAUCCGUCUUCCUCCCUUUGCCAGCACCACCUAGCGUCGCCAUGGUCGGUGGCCGCGACCACCAACAAGAGGAAUCGCGAGGCGGCGGCGGCGGCACCAAGGGGAAGCCGCAGCCCGUCACUGCCAAGGAAAAGCGGGUCACAGCUAAGGAAGUGUCGGAGUCGAGGAAGCCCGACUACAACCUUAAGAAAGACAUCGAAGUACUAUGGGGAAAGAUGAUAGGUCGUCAUUUGAGCAAGGAGGAUAUAAUCAAGCUAGUUACCGAGGCCCUCCGUAAAAUGGAUUGGAAAUAUUUGGAAUUUCUGGAUCCCAUACAUGUGUGUAGUGGUUCUCACACUCAAGAGAGUGGCAAGGUUAGGACGCAUAUUAUCAGAAUCUUGAAGAAGCAGAUUAUGAAGCUUGAUGUCAGUGAUUAUGGAUGCCUUGUUCUAUUUGAAGAGCUGACAAAGCAGUUAAAGGAAAUCAUAUUGAUAAGACCGGGAGACGCCAAUUGCUGCAGCUAUUGCACACACUUUGCUCACAUUAUCUGACUCCGGCUGAUUCAGUUUGUCUGAAUUUCAAUGUGCCUUCCCUUAUUUCACUAAAAAAAUAUCAGUAUAUAUAACACCACCUAAUAGUACCAACGAAUGACGUACGAACUGCUCCAUUAGGAGUAGAGAUACGUAGUUCCUUAUCCAUGUAUUUCUAACAAGAGAUUCUAUGCAACUGAAGUUUAAGUCAUUAUUUUUAUUUCUAUAUGAUAUUAGAUGCCUCAGGUUUUUACCAUAUUGAGAAGCAGAUGAAUUAGAAAGAAAUAUGAAACCUUAGUAAUUUUGUUCUUCUUUACCAAGUCACUGUCCAAGCAUCUUCCUCCUGCAUAUGUUGGAAACUUCACGCUGUCUCUUG